AACUCAAAAAGAGAAGUCGCCGACGAAUUGAACUCCAUUGCCGACUUUGCAUCUCGCUAUAUAUUAACCUGAAAACUUGCACUUUUCCCGCUCCUCCAUUUUUAAACUCCUCCCAAAACCCUUACCUCCAUUUUUUCAAAAAAAUUGUACCGUUAAAACUCUCCUACUCCCUCCCGCCAAAAUCCUCAACCCAAUCUCCAAACCCCCCCCACAAUGCUCUCAUCUCCUUCUCUCCCACUCCCCCUCUUCCAAAUCCACCACCCUUCGCCUCUCCCCUCCCCACACUCCCCACCAUUCGCAUCCAAAGAAGCUCCCAAAAGGCCCAUUCACAACACACCCCACAAGAGAACCCUCAAAUCCCGAUCUUUCCCUUUGCAAAAUCCCUCCUUUUCGACAAAACCGGAAGCGCUUCCCCCCUCUCCGCAGAACCCAGAAGAGGAUUUUGUUGGCUCCUUUCGGUUUCGAAGGUUUCGCGAAUUAUGGGAUGCGAGGAAGGUGUUCGAUGGUAUGCCCGAGAGAAAUGUCGUUUCGUGGACAGCCGUUCUUAACGGGUUUCUAAACAUGGGUCUUGAUGAUGAAGUGUUGGUUCUAUUUAAGGAAAUGGUUGGUAGUGAUGUCAAGGCGAACGGGUUGACCUUCGUUUGUUUACUAAAGUUCUGCGGCAAUAGGUUUGAUGUUGAUCUCGGGAAACAGGUUCAUGCUUGUGUAGUGAAGGGUCGAUGGAGUAAUUUGAUAGUGGAUAGUGCACUUGUAUUCUUCUAUUCGCGAUGUGGUGAUCUUUUGGGGGCAUUUAAAGUGUUCGAUAAAAUGCCCGGCAAAGAUGUUGUUUGUUGGACUACGAUGAUCACGGCUUACGUUCAGCAUGGGCUAGUAGAUGAAGCCUUUUCGAUGUUUUCGUCCAUGCAAUAUCACGGCUUUUGCCCUAACGAGUUCACUGUGUGCAGUGUUCUGAAGGCUUGUGGGGAAGCGAGGGAUUUAAGAUUAGGAAAGCAGCUACAUGGUGCUGUAGCUAAAGGUUUGUUCAAGCAAGAUGUAUAUGUCGGUAGUUCGCUUGUGAACAUGUAUGUUAGAUGUGGGGAGGUUUUAGAUGCUAGGAUAGUGUUCGAUUUAAUGCCCAAAAGAAACACAAUUACGUGGACUUCUAUGAUAUCUGGUUAUGCUCAAAGUGGUUUUGGAGAAGAGGCCAUCUUGUUGUUUCAAAGAAUGAAGAGAAGGCGCGUAUUUGUUAAUAACCAAACGGUUGUUAGCGUUCUUAGUGCUUGCGGUUCUAUAGGAUCUCUACACCUCGGAAAAGAAGUUCAUGCUCAAAUAAUAAAAAAUCUUGUUUUGGAGAACAUUCAUAUUGGGAGCACUCUUAUUUGGUUUUAUUGUAAAUGUGGAGAGUAUAAUUAUGCAGCGAAAAUUCUUGAAUCAAUGCCCGCGAGAGAUGUUAUCUCAUGGACGGCCAUGAUUUCGGGAUACAGCAGUCUCGGAUACGGGUCGGAAGCGCUAAAGUUGUUGAAUGAUAUGUUAUGGGACAAUGUGAAGCCGAACAUGUUCACUUACUCUUCGGCAUUGAAAGCUUGUGCGAGACUAGAAAAUGCGAAUUAUGGAAAAUGGAUUCAUGCAUGCGUGAGCAAGGCUAAAGCUCUCGAGAAUGUGUUCGUGGGAAGUUCAUUGAUCGAUAUGUACAUGAGGUGCAGAGAUGUAGCCGAUGCUCUAAGAGUGUUCGAUGAGAUGCCGGAUAGAAACUCGGUCACAUGGAAAGUAAUGGUGAUAGGGUACGCUAAGAAUGGGCGGUGUAAAGAGGCUUUGAAGCUUAUGUAUCGAAUGCAGGAAGAAGGGUUCGAUGUCGACAACUUUGUUCUCGCGACAGUUCUGAGUGCUUGCGGAGAUGUUCAGUGGGAGUCAGAGCGCGCCUCGACUUGUUGCUUGAUAUCUGGUUGUGUAAAUGAAACAAGAAAGUGAUAAUAAACAAGGCAUAGUAUUAACUUGUUUGUUUACAGGACCAAAGUGCAACAUCUCCAGUUCAAAACAUCUUCAUGAAGAUUUUGGAGUAAAGAGUGAAAUGAAAGUGUUUAUAUGUUACUAAUCCAGUUAUCUUGGGGGGGUUUUUUUCUUUUUUUUUUUUGAACUUAAAAUUAAUGAGAUAAAAGUCUCUGAUUCUCUAUUCUUUUGUUAUAAUGACACUCACUAGUUAAUGUGAAUGACUCCCUUUAAAAACAUA